UUCCUUCUUCCCCAGCCCAAGAACACGAAGAAAGCAUUCGCAACAGAAGCAUCUGUGCACCAAUCAGUCACCAACAUCGUCCGUCGAAUUUCUAACAGCAGAAGAAGCAGAGACAAUAUGUCGCUCAUCCCAAGCUGGUUCGGUGGCCGUCGCAGCAACGUCUUCGACCCCUUCUCCCUCGACCUCUGGGACCCUUUCAAGGACUUCCCUCUCUCCUCCUCGCAGCUGUCACCCUCUUUCCCCGAGACUUUCCGGGAGAAUUCCGCCUUCGUGAACACGAGGAUCGACUGGAAGGAGACCCCAGAAGCCCACGUGUUCCAGGCCGAUCUGCCGGGGCUCAAGAAGGAGGAAGUGAAGGUGGAGGUCGAGGACGACCGGGUGCUCCAGAUCAGCGGAGAGAGGAAGGUGGAGAAGGAGGACAAGAACGACACGUGGCACAGGGUGGAGCGGAGCAGCGGGAGGUUCAUGAGGAGGUUCAGGUUGCCCGAGAACGCGAAGAUGGAUCAGGUCAAGGCAUCGAUGGAGAACGGAGUGCUCACCGUCACUGUUCCCAAGGUGGAAGCAGAGAAGAAGCCCGAGGUCAAGGCCAUCGACAUAUCCGGUUGAUUUCGUGAUGGUUAAACUUCAGAUGGCUCCGUGUGUGUGCAGAGAGUUGUGUAUGUCGGUUCCUUCCUGUGCUUCAUGAGUCGUAUUAAUAUAUACUGCUGUAAGCUAAAACUAUGGAACUCGCAUUAGUUAAAACAGUAAUACAAUAUGUAUUUCUAAA